AGUUUUCACUCUCCUUUUCAGGUAUCCUUGCUGAGAGGUGGCAGAGCAGCCUCAGGACAUCACCAUGAUGGAGGAUCACGCGCCUGGCCAGGAAAAACACUUCUCAUCAGGCUAUCCCCUUCAGAUACCAGUCGAUGAUGGAUCGGAUGAGCCUGUUUCUGAAACAUCUGACGCUAAGAGCACCCCAACUACGGAAGAUGCCACAGCACCUUUAGUGGAGGAAGGAGACCACGAGGAUCAGGGUGGUGCGGAGCAGCAUGGGGAGAUCCCAGAAGGAACCACAGCUGAAGAGGCGGGUGUAGGAGCCACUCCCAACCUGGAGGACCACGCUGCAGGAGAUGCCACUCAAGGCAAGCCGAGCUCUCCCAAGCUCCAGCCUGGCCCUCGGGAGCGUGUGGCAGAGGCAGCAAAAGGUGCCAGCCAGCCCCUGGAGCAGGGAACGGGGCUCCAGCAGCCACCYCCAGCAGUGUCCACCACCACCACCAGGAUCGAGGUGACCAUCCCAAUCCCCCUGGACAUGUACCAAGGCUCCGGAGCGCCCCAGGGCAGCCGUGAGUUGUGGGAUCAGGGAGGCAGAGAAGGCGUGAGCACGGAGGGUCCGGCAGGAGAAGGUGGAGCAGGUGACCGUAAAGAUGGAACGUCUCCUUUGUGUGCCAGAACCCCCUCUAAAGAAGAUUCCGGCGGACGGGAGAGAGAUGAGGACCGGGAUGUUGAUGAAACUUCUGAGCAGGGUUUAACUUCCCUUGUGGAUCAGCUGGGACCUGGAAAGGGCUCGUGUCCAGCAGCAGCUGAGGAGACUCAUGAAGGACACGAUGGAGAAAACAAAUCCAAAGGUGUCCUCAGAGACACCCCAGGAGAGGCGCUUGUGAUUGAAGCUGAGUCACGGAAAGCGGGAGAGGAGCAAGAGGAGAAGCCACAGCCCCUGGAGGGAGGAGGAAGCCCAGAGGUCACUCCAUCACAAACUUCUGAAAGUGUCCCCCAAAAAGGGGCUGAGCCCAAGGAGGGAGAAGAUUCUGGACCCGUGCUAGAAACARCCAAACUCCCUGCUGAGGCAGAAGGUGAUGUGAAGGACAAAGAUGCUCCUUCAGAAGAGGUGGUGCCCGAUGCAGGGGGCCGCCGGACGCCCCGGAGAAAGGCCGGUGGCCUGGCUGCGGACAAGGCCAGUCGUGUCCCUCUCCUCAAAGGUCGUGUUGACAAGGAAGGGACUGAAGCUGAUGAAAAGAAGCCCAAGGGCCCGGAGGCGAGGGGCGGCUCCAAGACGGGCACGGCGCGCGCGGGGCAGGCGCAGAGGAACUCCAGCAACGCCACCCGCAUCCCGGCCAAGACCCCCACGGCCCCCAAGACCCCUCCCAGCUCCGGCAGAAAGGAGCAGAAAAAACCACCUCCUGCAGCAGCAAAGACUGAGAAAGGUGAGCAGCCCAAGUCCGGAGACAGAAGCGGUUACAGCAGUCCCGGCUCUCCCGGGACUCCAGGCAGCCGUUCCCGCACCCCUUCUCUGCCCACCCCACCAGCCAGGGAGCCCAAGAAGGUGGCAGUGGUUCGUACCCCACCGAAAUCCCCAGCCUCCGCCAAGACCCGCGUGCAGCCCUCGGCCGCGCCCAUGCCCGACCUGAAAAACGUCAAAUCCAAAAUCGGCUCCACCGACAACCUGAAGCACCAGCCCGGAGGUGGCAAGGUGCAGAUAAUUAAUAAGAAGCUGGACUUUAGCAGCGUUCAAUCCAAGUGUGGCUCAAAGGAUAAUAUCAAACACAUCCCGGGCGGAGGCAGUGUGCAGAUAAUUAAUAAGAAGCUGGACUUUAGCAGCGUUCAAUCCAGGUGUGGCUCAAAGGAUAAUAUCAAACACAUCCCGGGCGGAGGCAGUGUGCAAAUUGUGUACAAGCCAGUCGACCUGAGCCACGUGACAUCCAAAUGUGGUUCCCUGGGCAACAUCCAUCACAAACCAGGUGGUGGCCAGGUGGAGGUGAAAUCUGAGAAACUGGACUUCAAAGAUAAGGUGCAGUCGAAAAUCGGGUCCCUAGAUAACAUCAGCCACGUCCCUGGAGGAGGCAAUAAAAAGAUUGAGACUCACAAGCUGACCUUCCGCGAGAACGCCAAAGCCAAGACCGACCACGGCGCCGAAAUCGUCUACAAGUCCCCCACCAUCUCUGGAGAUGCCUCCCCGCGCCGCCUUAGCAACGUCUCCUCCACCGGCAGCAUCAACCUGGUGGACUCCCCCCAGCUGGCCACGCUAGCCGACGAGGUGUCCGCCUCGCUGGCCAAGCAGGGCUUGUGAUCGCGGCACGGCRGCCACCAGGAGAGAAGACAAGGAAAGGAAACAAAAAAAAGAAAAGAAACAAAAAUAAUCUGGCCUUCUUCCUCUGUUCCUUUUACAGCUGCUUCCCCGUCCCUAACUGGUUAAUGAUUUAACCUGCUUUUACUGUUCAUUCAGCUCUAGCUCCAGGACUUCAAAAUCAGUGACACUAUGAGGUACAAAACCUCCUCUCCCCCUGCUCCUCGGAGCGCACAGCCCGUCCCCGUCCCCGCGCUCCCCCCUGCUCCUGCCGCGUCCCUUGCUGUUCCAGCCCCGUCCGGGGCCACCCGGGAAGGCGGGGAGGGGGCCCGAGGGGCGGCCACAGCACGACGCUGACCCGAGCACCCCACACCAGCACAGGGCAGCGGGUGGCCCUCCCGGGAAGGGGCUGUGACCUCGCCCAGCUCGUGGCCCCGCCGCUGGCCGGACGCGUCCUGGGCGCGCAGCCGGGGCUGCGGGGAGGCGCCCUCCCCUCCCCGCCUUAAAUUUGCCUGCUGAUUUGGAAGAAACCUUUUGUUUUUAUCUCCGAAAGCCGAGAUGUGUAUGAAGAUAACGGCCAGGUAYCCCCUAACCCGCUCUCAGCUCCGGCAGCUGGAGUUCAGGCAGCGCCGGGUGCCCGCUCCGAGGGGCCCCGGACGGCCGUGUCCCCUCUCCGUGGCUGUGCUGGAACCGCUGAGUGGAUGAGUAGAGGCUUUUCCCCCAUUCCUUUGGCAGCCCCUCGUGUCGUAGAGUAGAUUUGUCUGUAUAUGCUUGGACCGUGCCAGGGUGAUUGUUUUCAUAAACGAGCAUGUGUUUAAAAAAAAAAAAAAUAAUAAAUGCUGUAAGUAGUUUUGAGC